AUGCCGCCUCGGCUUUGCCGCGCCCGAAUCGAACUGACCCCCGCGCUUGUAGGGAAACAUGUGCGGAGCUGCAUCGUCUAUACGUGGGACCACAAGUCAUCGGCAGCUUUCUGGGCUGGCAUGAAAGUGCAGCCCGUCCUCGCCGACGAGGUCCAGACGUUCAAGGCCCUAAUCACGAUACAUAAGGUUCUUCAGGAGGGCCACCCUAUGGUUGUCCGCGAGGCGCAGCAACAUUCCAACUGGAUUGAUAGCUUGAUGCGAGGAGUCGGAGGCGACGGCGUUCGAGGAUACGCACCACUCAUUCGGGAGUACGUCUUCUUCCUCGAGGCGAAACUGAACUUCCAUCGCAACCACCCCGAAUUCAACGGAUUAUUUGAAUACGAGGAGUAUAUUAGUUUAAAGUCGAUCAACGAUCCGAACGAAGGCUACGAGACCAUCACCGAUUUGAUGGCUCUACAAGAUCAAAUCGAUUCCUUCCAAAAGCUCAUCUUCUCAAACUUCCAGUCCGGCACGAACAAUGAAUGUCGAAUCUCGGCAUUAGUGCCACUUGUGCAGGAGAGUUAUGGCAUCUACAAGUUCAUUACCAGCAUGUUGCGAGCCAUGCACACAACCACCGGAGAGGACGAAGCUCUCGAGCCACUCCGAGGCCGAUAUGAUGCCCAGCAUCACCGUCUCGUUCGGUUCUACUACGAGUGCUCCAACCUACGCUAUCUAACAGGCCUCAUCACAAUCCCGAAGUUGCCACAAGAUCCGCCAAGUUUGCUUGCCGAAGAUGAGGAUCGCCCAGCUCUUCCCAGACGGCCGGCGAGAGAAGUGGAACACCAGCCCUCGCCGCCCCCGAAGGUCGCUGCUGAACCAGAGCCGAUCAAUGAUUUCUGGACAAACGAAGCUAAACGCCAGCAAGAAGAGUACGAGGCGGAACAACAACGCUUGCAGCAGCAGUGGGAGGAGCAGCAACGUCAGCAAAUCCUCGCCCAACAGCAAGCCCAGAAUGAUUUCGAGGAGCAGCAGCGUCUACAGGCGGAACAGCAGCGGCUGGCACAGGAACAGCUUCUCCGUGACCAGUACCAGACACACACACAAGGUCGGCUAGCAGAGCUGGAGCAGGAGAACCUUAAUGCCCGUGCACAGUAUGAGCGCGACCAGCUGAUGCUGCAGCAAUAUGAUCGCCGUGUCAAAGAGGUUGAGGAGCAGAUGAACCACCUAAACUCGAACCUGAACUUGCAGAAUGCCUCGAAGGACGAUCAGAUUCGAUCCCUACAAGAGCAGGUGAACACCUGGCGAUCUAAGUACGAGGCAUUGGCCAAGUUGUACUCACAGCUUCGACAAGAGCACCUCGAUCUUCUACAGACUACGAAGAGCCUUAAGCUCAAGGCAGCUUCCGCACAAGAGGCAAUUGAUCGACGAGAGAAGCUGGAGCGCGAGCUAAAGACUAAGAACUUGGAGCUGGCUGACAUGAUUCGGGAACGUGACCGUGCUCUACAUGACCGUGACCGUCUGACAGGAACCAAUAAGGAUGACUUGGAGAAGGUCAAGCGCGAGCUUCGCAUGGCUCUUGAGCGUGCUGAAAACGCAGAACGCUCAAAGGGCACCGAGAUCUCGUCCUUGCUGUCCAAGUAUAACCGCGAGAUGGCUGACCUGGAAGAGUCCCUUCGGAUUAAAACGCGCGCAUUGGACGAACAUUCCAGUCGCAACCAUGACCGCCAGGAAGACCUCGACCUAUCUCUUCGCGAGAAGGACGAGGAGAUUGAGGUGUAUAAGUCUGGCAUGGAACAGGCUCUUAUAGAACUAGAGGAGCUAAAACUGAGCCAAGGCGAUGUCGACCAUGCGCUAGACAGCCAGAUUGACACUGUGCUACAUGGCACAGUUGCCAAGAUUAACGAUAUUAUCGACUCUGUGCUGCAGACUGGUGUGCAGCGUGUCGAUGAUGCUCUAUAUGAACUAGACUCGUCUAUGCAGGCCGGUAACCAAAAUGCUUCUCCUCCAUAUGUUCUUUCGCAGAUUGAAAAGGCGUCGGCUUCUGCCACCGAGUUCUCAACAGCUUUCAAUAACUUUGUCGCCGAUGGUCCCAACAGUCCCCAUGCUGAGAUUAUCCGCACAGUGUCUAUCUUCUCUGGAUCUGUCUCGGAUGUGCUGAGCAACACCAAGGGUCUCAUCCGCUUCGCCACUAACGAUAAGAGCUCUGAUCACCUGAUUAAUGCUGGGCGCAAGUCUGCUCAGGCGACCGUGCGGUUCUUCCGUGGCUUACAGUCGUUCCGUCUCGAAGGUCUGGAGCCACUGCAGAAGACUGAUGUUGUUAUCAACAACAAUCUUGAAGUCCAGCGUGAUCUUCAGGCGCUAUCGAAGCUUGUCGACUCGUUCGCUCCUAAGCACACCAAGAUCAGCACUAGUGGUGAUCUGGGUGACCUUGUCGACCAGGAACUGCUGAAGGCUGCCGAUGCCAUUGACGCAGCUGCCCAGCGUCUGGCCAAGCUCAAGAAUAAGCCCCGUGAUGGAUACACGACCUACGAGCUGCGUAUCAACGAUGUUAUCCUUGCUGCCGCCAUUGCUGUCACCAACGCAAUCUCGGAGCUGAUCAAGGCCGCCACAGAGACCCAGCAAGAGAUUGUUCGCGAAGGCCGUGGUAGCUCGUCUCGCACUGCCUUCUACAAGAAGAACAACCGCUGGACGGAGGGCUUGAUCUCCGCUGCCAAAGCAGUGGCCACUUCGACCAACACAUUGAUCGAGACUGCCGACGGUGUAAUCUCGGGCCGUAACUCGCCAGAACAACUCAUCGUCGCCUCCAACGAUGUCGCAGCCAGCACUGCCCAGCUGGUCGCAGCCAGUCGUGUCAAGGCAACAUUCAUGAGCAAGACUCAGGACCGCCUAGAGACCGCCAGCAAGGCUGUUGGUGCUGCUUGCCGUGCCCUUGUGCGACAGGUGCAGGACAUAAUCAAGGAGAACCGUGACGGCGACGAGGGAGAGGAUUAUGGGAAGUUGAGCUCGCACGAGUUCAAGGUCCGCGAGAUGGAGCAGCAGGUCGAAAUCCUCCAACUCGAGAACGGUCUGGCUCGUGCCCGCCAGCGUCUGGGCGAAAUGCGCAAGAUCUCGUACCAGGAAGAGUAG